CUGCUCCCGCGCGUCGCUGCUUCCCAGGGCGGCGGUAUGCUGGGGAAAGGGGUAGUCGGCGGUGGCGGCGGCACCAAGGCGCCCAAGCCCUCCUUCGUGUCGUACGUGCGCCCCGAGGAAAUUCACGCAAACGAAAAGGAAGUAACAGAGAAGGAAGUAACUCUUCACUUGUUGCCAGGUGAACAGCUGCUCUGUGAAGCCAGCACAGUACUGAAGUGUGUCCAGGAAGACUCCUGUCAGCGUGGAAUCUAUGGGAGGCUUGUCUGCACAGACUUCAAGAUUGCUUUCUUGGGCGAUGACGAAUCUGCAUUGGAUAAUGAUGAAACGCAGUUUAAGAAUAAGGUUAUAGGAGAAAAUGACAUUACCCUUCACUGUGUUGAUCAGAUUUAUGGAGUGUUUGAUGAGAAAAAAAAGACUCUCUUUGGACAGCUGAAGAAAUACCCUGAGAAACUCAUCAUCCACUGCAAAGACCUCCGGGUAUUCCACUUUUGUCUGAGGUACACAAAAGAAGAGGAAGUCAAAAGGAUUGUCAGUGGCAUAAUCCAUCAUACCCAGGCCCCUAAGCUGCUUAAACGAUUGUUUCUGUUCUCCUAUGCGACUGCAGCACAAAACCACACAGCUACUGACCCCAAGAGCCACGCCGUAAUGUUCGACACGCUUCAGGACUGGUGCUGGGAGCUGGAACGGACCAAAGGCAACAGGAAGUACAAAGCAGUGAGUGUCAAUGAAGGCUAUAGAGUCUGUGAACGGUUGCCAGCAUACUUUGUUGUCCCCACCCCUCUUCCUGAGGAGGACGUGCCACGCUUCCAUGGUCAUGGCAUACCAAUAUGGUGUUGGUCCUGCCACAGCGGAUGUGCCCUUUUGAAAAUGUCAGCACUGCCCAAAGAACAGGAUGAUGGCAUUUUACAAAUCCAAAAGAACUUCUUGGAUGGAAUUUAUAAGACCAUCCACAGGCCACCCUAUGAAAUUGUUAAAACUGAAGACCUGUCAAGCAACUUCCUAUCCCUGCAGGAAAUCCAGACGGCCUACUCUAAAUUUAAACAGCUGUUUCUGAUAGAUAAUAGUACCGAAUUUUGGGACACAGAUAUAAAAUGGUUUUCCCUGCUGGAAAGUAGCAGCUGGCUUGACAUAAUCAGACGCUGCCUGAAAAAAGCAAUAGAGAUUAUAGAAUGUCUAGAAGCCCAAAACAUGAACGUUCUUCUUUUAGAGGAGAACGCUUCCGACCUCUGCUGCCUCGUUUCCUCUCUGGUGCAAGUGAUGAUGGACCCCCACUGUCGAACCAGGUUCGGUUUCCAGAGCCUUGUCCAGAAGGAGUGGAUCGUGGGCGGGCACUGUUUCCUGGACCGCUGCAACCAUCUACGUCAGAGUGACAAGGAGGAGGUUCCCGUGUUCCUGCUCUUCUUGGACUGUGUCUGGCAGCUGGUGCACCAGCAUCCCCCAGCGUUUGAGUUCACGGAGACGUACCUGACCGUUUUGUCAGACAGCCUGUACAUACCUAUCUUUAGCACCUUCUUCUUGAAUUCGCCUCAUCAGAAAGACACAAACAUGGGCAGGGAAAGCCAGGGUGCACAAAGCAAGCCUUUGAAACUCCUCACCGUGUGGGAUUGGUCUGUGCAGUUCGAACCCAAAGCCCAGACGUUGCUCAAAAACCCUCUUUACGUGGAAAAGCCAAAACUGGACAAAGGCCAGCGGAAAGGAACGCAUUUCAAACAUCAGCGACAACUUUCUUUGCCGCUCACCCAAUCUAAAUCAUCUCCCAAAAGAGGAUUUUUCAGGGAAGAAACAGAUCAUUUAAUUAAAAACCUUCUGGGCAAGAGAAUUAGCAAACUGAUUAAUUCCUCUGAGGAGCUGCAGGACAACUUCCGAGAGUUCUACGACAGCUGGCGCAGCAAGCCCCCGAACUACCACGGGCUACUGCUGCCUCACAUCGAGGGGCCAGAGAUCAAAGUGUGGGCCCAGCGCUACUUGCGGUGGAUUCCGGAGGCCCAAAUCCUGGGUGGUGGCAGAGUGGCCACCCUGAGCAAACUCUUGGAGACGAUGGAGGAAGUCCAGCGCCUACAGGAGAAAAUCGAGGAGAGACACCACAGCCAGGAGGCCCUCCAGGCAGAGGCCGCCUCGCUGCUGAGGACCUCGGCCCGCCUGUCCUCCUUGUUCCCUUUUGCGCUGCUGCAGCGCCAUUCCUCCAAGCCAGUCCUGCCCACCAGCGGGUGGAAAGCUCUGGGAGAUGAAGAAGACUUGGCCAAGCGAGAAGAUGAGUUUGUGGAUCUAGGGGAUGUGUGA